UCAAAAGAAAAUAGCCGAAUUAGAAGCACACGACAAAAAUGAAAUUGAGCGAUUGAGAGGAAUUGAAACUACAUUGCAACGUACUUCGGGUGCACAAUUUGCUAAUUCUGCUUCCAAUAAUAGAGUAGAUCCGGAACAUAAAAUCAUAGAAGGUGAAUCGGCUGGCAACGAGAUGAAACAAAGAGAUGUAGCGACCGGUCAUUACCAAAGACGAGCAAUACAAGCACAGGUUGCAUUUUCUGCUUACCUGUCUCAUUUACAAGACCAUUUGGGAACCUCUCAAACAGUUAAGUUUGACAAGAUAAUAACAAAUGAUGGAAACGCUUACAAUGCAGUGACUGGAAUCUUCACCGUGCCAGUUACUGGAACUUACGUCUUCAUUUUCUAUCUCAGCUCGUCCAGUUCAAGUGUUGAGUUCCGUUUGAUGGCCAACAAUGCCCUUAAAGCAUCCGGUGUUUCAAGACCAUUUGAAAUAAAUCAUUGGAAAGAUGUUCAAGGUGGAGGCACGGUUGUUCUACGUUUGAAUCAAGGUGUUGCCGUUUGGAUUGAGAAAGCGGAUGCAGAAUCUAUAGUUUACAGCACCGACAUACACAGAUGGGUCACAUUUUCUGGUUUUCUUUUAUACUAACUUUAGUAUAAUUGCCUUUCCUUCUUUAAUUAUUUUCUUAUUUUUAAUCCGUUAUAUAAUAGUUAAUCAUUAGUACAAUGACACUGACAAUGACAAUCAAUUUAUUGAAACCGGUCACCGGUCCAUAACAUCAAUCUUUAUAUAAUAAUACAGCUUCAUAACUGAUAUAGCGCAUAAUGAACUGUAAGUAUCAACCCUGUAUUGCUAUCGCGAUAAGUAUAAUGUCAGGUAAUAUAGUUCGGAGAGUAAAAUAAUCUAAGGUGCUUGUAGUUACUUGAUAACUAAUAAAGUCGUCUACAAGAUUGUUUGGUUUAUGCGCAAUGUACAUGAUGUAUAAAACUGAAUAUGGUAUCGAUAUGACAAACUAUAUACAUGUAUAUAUGUAUAUGUUUAUACAACCAUUAAAAGUACCUCUAACCUAACGAAGUAUACGUACAAUUUGUCAAUCUUAAUUAAUGUCCACGUGGAUGUUACACGAGUGAUUGAGUUCUUAUGAAAACUUUUCAGGAGUUCUUGUGAUAACUGUCAAUGACUCUAAAAAUCUAGGACAUCUUCAAAGUUAUCACAAGAACUCAAGGACAUUUGAAAAAUCGGGCCAGGGCUUUAUGUUUGCAACUUUGCAUCAUAAUUAGGUAAUAAUGCAAAUAAUUUGGAAAUUUUACUCAAAACUACCAGGCGAUCAAAAAUGGACUAUAAAUUAGUAUUUGACACAUAAUACAAUAUGUAAGGCACGCUUAAUCAAUAAAGUUUAAUUUAGCACAAAAAACUCACUUUUUAAAGAUGAAAAUGACCAUUUUUGACGAGUGUUUUUGUAGUAUAUACAAAAGUUUUCCGACGAACUCCGUGAUAGUUAUCACAAGAACUUCUGACAAGUUACCAUAAGGACUCCAUCCCUCUUUGUAACAGUUCCUCCCCCGUGUUGUCUACUUCUUAAUCAUUUUCUAAGUUCAUAUUUUAAUUAUUUCGGUUGACAAUUAUUCACAUAGGUGUAGUCGAUGUGGCUCGAAAGGGUCACAUUUUGAGACCAUCAAAAUACAGACAUGAUACUUUCAAACACCUUUAUAAGAUUACCGCUAACAGUAGGCGGAAUUUAUCUAUCAUAAUCGCAAACUACGUUGUUACGACUUGUAAUUAUUUCAAAUUCGAUUUGUAU